AAGGGUACACUUCGUCAUGAGUGAAGUGAGACAUCGUCGGAUCGACGGUGACGGGGAAAAAAUUGGAACUGCUGGUGAAUCGGACCAUGUUGAUUCCGAAGAAGAAAAGGUAUUAGAGGAGAGAUAUGUUGAUGAAAUGGCAAAAAAAUUGCCCCAGGGCACUGACAAGACUCCUGAAAUUUUGGACUCUGCUCUAUCAGGACUUUCUACGCGUUGGAGAAAUUGGGUGAUAAGAGGAAUCUUUACUUGGUUAAUGAUUGGAGGUUUUUGUCUUCUUAUUUAUGGUGGGCCCUUGGCUCUUAUGGUAACGGUCCUGUGUGUCCAAGUGAAAUGUUUUGAAGAGAUUAUCCAUAUUGGAUAUGCGGUGUACAGAAUCCAUGGUCUUCCAUGGUUCAGGUCCCUAUCAUGGUACUUCUUGCUGACCUCCAACUAUUUCUUCUAUGGAGAGAAUCUGAUUGACUACUUUGGAGUGGUCAUAAACCGUACAGACUAUCUUCGUUUCCUGGUGACCUACCAUCGGUUUAUCUCCUUCAGUCUGUACUGCAUUGGAUUUGUCUGGUUCGUGCUGUCUCUUGUAAAGCGAUACUACAUGCGACAGUUCAGUCUGUUUGCCUGGACUCACGUGGCGUUACUUAUCGUCGUAACGCAAAGUUACCUCAUCAUACAAAAUAUAUUUGAAGGUCUCAUCUGGUUCAUAGUGCCUGUCUCCAUGAUCAUAUGCAAUGACGUCAUGGCAUACGUAUUCGGAUUCUUCUUCGGUAAGACGCCGCUUAUCAAGCUCAGCCCCAAGAAGACGUGGGAGGGAUUUAUCGGCGGUGGAAUCUCAACUGUGGUUUUUGGACUUGUGAUUUCCUACAUGAUGUCUCAGUAUCCGUACCUGGUGUGUCCCAUCGAGUACUCCGAGGACCUGGGCCGAAUGACGAUGGACUGCGAGCCGUCUCUGCUGUUCAGACUGCAAGAGUACACCCCGCCGCAGUUCCUGCAGCCCGUCAUGAAAGUGUUUGGCCGGGAGAAGGUGAACAUGUAUCCGUUUAUGAUACACUCGCUUGCGCUCAGCAUUUUCAGCUCCGUGAUUGGACCGUUCGGUGGAUUCUUCGCAUCUGGAUUCAAGCGGGCUUUCAAAAUCAAGGACUUUGGUGAUGUGAUUCCUGGACACGGCGGUAUAAUGGACCGGUUCGACUGCCAGUUUCUGAUGGCCACCUUCGUGAACGUCUACAUUACCAGCUUCAUUCGCACCGCCACGCCGCAGAAACUCUUGCAACAGGUUUACAACAUGAAGCCAGAACAACAGCUGCAAUUGUUCUAUGCUUUGAAGGAAUCGCUUGAGCACCGAAAUAUACUCAACACAUUACCAUAAAUGUUGCAAGGGAAAACCUAGGUGUGUUUAGAUUUGUGGGUAGUUUCACACUUGCUGACAAAAUCAAUUAUAUAUUUGUUGAUAUUAUUUAAUUAUUACUGCCAAUUUUCGUUCAUCAUUGCUUAGAGUUUUUUCUUUGUUUUAUUCGUGACAAUGACAAUACUUAUUGUCAACGUUAUAAUUACUAUUGGAUUCGAUUCUUAAAAUGUAUUUGCUAUAUUUAUGGAUCAAUUUUUAUCAUUAAGUGUGAAAUUGCGGAGACUCGGUUUAAUUUUAUGAGGACAAAGUACAAAAAUCUGUAUUAUUCAAUAAUAUAAACAAUUUGUUAAGUUUUUAAAGUGAUAACCCUUACUUCUAGGAUAAAUACACAAAUAAAAUUUGAAAACAACAUUUUAUGAACGAUGCGGGACUCGAACUUCAUACAGAUAAAGACAAGAGCCACAUCUCAAAUCAAUUUCCUAAUAUGCAAAUAUUGGGGUUGACCAAGUUAUCAACUGUAAAGUAGAUCCUGAACAAAGCAUACAAGAUUUUAUGAAGAUGCGUCACUCGAACGGUUGGCUCAGUUGGCAGAGCACUCGCACGAAACGCGAGAGGUCGGGGGUUCGAGGCCCGCAUCGUUCACAAAACUUUUUUUCACAUUUUAUUUGUGUAUUUAUUAAUUGAUUAUGUUUUAACAUUUUCAGAUAGGGUCAAAAUAUUGAUCAGUUUAAAAUUUAUAUGUUUUAGUAUGUCUUUAGCAGCUUAGUCAAAUUAAAACCUUAGGUUUUUAUAUAAUUUUAUUAUUGUAAUGUGUUUUCAUAAAAAAAUCCGAGUGUGAACUUAGAGUGCGAAAUAUUAUUCUAGUCUUUAAUGUGCAAUCAUUUCUCGAUUCAAGACAAACUAAUGGAUAUAAUUCACUUUCAAUUUAAAAUUCAUCAUCAAAUAUUAUAUUAAUAUCUACGGUUUAUGAAUUUUACGCAGCCGUUGAGAAUAUAACUAUUAACCGGCGAAGUUUAAAAGUAUAUUGUCCGCCAUUUUGGUUCUAUGCACUAUGGCCACGGAAUAAAGGAAUUAUAAAUAAUUAUAGAACUGUGUUAAACUUACUGCUUGCUCUAUUUAUAUGUUAGGGAUUUGUCUGUGUUUAGAUUCGAUGUUGUAGUUUAGUUAGGAAAUGUCUCGAAUUAUACGAAAUGUUUUGUUGUAUGUAUUAUUUAAGAUUGUUGAUGUGUUGUUUUAUGUUUUCGUUAUACGUUAUGUAUGAUUACAACUCAUGAUGAAAGUUGAAUUAUUUCAGACUUCGUCCAAAAUACAUAAGUAUUUAAUAUCUUAUAUUGUUAUUAAAUCUGAUUGUGUACUAAUUUAUUAGUUACUAGCGGAACAAUAAUAUUCUAUUAUUUAUUAAUACAGUUUUACUCACGUUUAAUCGGUGUCGGUACCGACUAGUUUCGGACAAUUCGGAGAUCCUUCAUCAGGGUGAGUGUGGUAGGUUGGAAAUAAGUGUUACAAAACGCGUCUCGCAAUAGCCCGUAGUGCCGAUGAUCACGUUGUGGAAAUUGUGAGUACAUUUUGUGCACCCGUGGACACCAAUAGUGAUACAGUGUCAGUGAUGCAGUGCUCAUCUUAACCACUGGCAGUAAGAGGUGGGACGUUAUCGCGAUCCCACCACACUCACCCUAAUUAAGGACCUCGGAAAGGUCCGAAACUAGUCGGUACCGACACCGAUCAAACGUGAGUAAUGCUGUAUUUAUAAAUAAUUUAAUAAUGACUCACGAAAGUUUUAAUAAUUUAAUAAUAUUCUAGUUUGAAUUUAACUGUAGUAGAUUCGUUUGUACACUGUUUCCGCUAGAGGCGCUGUACAAUUUCCUUAACAAAUAUUUAAGUUCUUUGCAAUUAGGAAAAUUCACGGUGAAGGUACUGUUUUUGCCUGUAAGAUAUUGCGUUUACCUUCACUCUAUGUUUAUUUGCGUCUGACACCAAAGACCAAGGCCUUGGUCACUUGGUAAUUAAUGAUUUGGUGUAAGUGUGAAUUAAUAUAAAUUACAUACUUUUGUAAAUGGUUUCAAGUACCAAGUACCCACCAUUAAAUGGGAUAGAAAAUCUACAUCUGCGAUGCCUGUACGGAAAUGUAACAAUUGCAAUUUUAUUUAAUAUUUUUUAAAGUAAACACGUUUUUGUUUCUAGUUUUAAAUGCUGUCAAGUGUGUUCGUGGAAACUCUAUUUCUUUUUCUAGGGAAUAAUACAUUUUUGUAUUAAAUUAGUUAAAUCCCAGAAGUCAAGUCUGUUUAUCAAAAUUAUCCGAUACGAUUCCUAAAUUCAGACUUGUCGUUUAUUAAUACUUAUUUAACUAAAUAAAUUUUGUCAAAAAACAAAAAAUUAAAAUUACUCUUAAACAUUCCAAAGUUUUAUAAGAAAUUCAUUUGACCGUUGACUGUACCAAAUCUAAAUUUUAAUAUUGCACGGAUUUUCAGGAUGUGGAGUGAACAGGGAAUGCAUUAUUGAUGCUUUAGUGUUUAGAUUUCUGACCGAAUUUAACUGCAUUUUGUGCUAAAUUUACUCUCUCUACAUCUAUUUUUAUAAGAAUUUAUUAUUUGAUAUGACGAGUAAUUUUAUUUUGCAGUUGUUUCACGCUGUUUGGAGAUAUCUAUAAUAUAAAGUUACCUUUUGACGGUAAGUUCUAAGGAGCUCGCCUGCAAAUAAUUGUAACACAGUGAUUGUCUCGGAAAUAAUAAAAAAACAGCGGAUACUUAUAAAAUUAUUUCAAGUGUCAAUUAUAAGAUAUAUAUUUCAAAUAUACACGUACGCCAUUAUUAAGUAACUAUCGACUAUACUUUUAGCACCAACGUGUCGUUACAGGACUACAUUGCGGUGACUUUAAUGGUCUUUAUCCAUUUUUUUUUUGGAUUUUAUGGCCUGGUAACGAGACCUUUAAGCCACGUCUUUUUUCGGUCACUUUCGCUUUGAGAGCGCUUCACGACUGUUCACUAACUUUUAAAUGUUAUUUACUGUACUCUUUAUGUCGUUAUCCAUUCUUAUGUAUUAAUUAUGUAUAUAUCCCACCUCAUAUAAAGAAUCAAUGAUAAAUUGUCGUGAAAGUGUUUCAAAAAUUAACCCUGUUUUCAUACACAGGGUGAUUUUUCAAGUCGACUGUGGUGGGCCUAAUCCGAAAUUAUGAGCAUUACCGAAAAAAUUCAGAGGCUUAUCGGGCUUGUACAUAUGAUAUUGAAUAAAACACUCCGCUUGAAGGUAGGCUGUGGUGUAUCAAAUUAGCUGUUAUAGUUGAAGUUUAAGUCACAAUUAACUUUAACAGUCACGCUGACUUUAACAGAGACUGCGAAAUGUGUUACACCUUAAAGUUAAAAAGUGAAAUAUCAAGUGAAUAUCGAAUAUAUAUUUGAAACUUUACACAGGUCGCUAUUUAGCUAUUUAACAUUAAAAAUAGCUUUGACCGCCGAAGAUUGGACAGUUAAAGUUAGGACGUCAUCUAAAAAUUUUCAAAAAGUGCAACACAUUUUUGCUCAACUGGCACUUUAACUUGUUUGUUAUUAGUAUUUUCAUUGACUAACGCGAUUGUUACAGAUUUAAAUAAAACACUUUUGAAGGAUUAAAACGCCUGUAAUAGUAACUGUUUUCACAUUAGAUUUUUGCUACAUCUGUACAGCAAAUACCACCUUCGAGGCAAUAAAUGGCGCUAAACUUCAUAAUGACAGCUAUGACAAAUACUAUCUUUGACGCAUUUCAUCUGCAGUCCCACUGAAAACGAGAUCUUGUAUAGUCUUGAAACAUCGGGUUAACUAAAAUAAAAAUGUAACGUUACACAAAAAUCAAAUGUAAAAACUGUUACAAUUAAACGCGUUUUAAUCCUUUUAAAGUGUUGUGUAGACGCGUUUUCGCGCGAAAAUUUGACGUGUGCCGCCAUAUUAGAAGAAUUGUCACUAAGCCAAAUUACUAGUAUUUAUCUAACCUAUGUUCACUCUGUACACAAAGGAGUUUAUGGGUCUAUUGUAAGUAAUUAAAACUGAUACAAUGUUAAUAUCCGAUGAGUCACAAACGUACCUACAAUCUUUACGUACUUCACUCCGUUUUUGUUAUAAAUAAGCCCUUAUUUCUGUUUCGUUAUAUGCGAUUUUUCAUGCAAAAAACUACUUCGUACUAAAUCAUAUUUAGUUACUGAUUAAAAUAUAGUAGUAAUAGUCUUAACUAAAGUUUUUAACAUUUUCACAAGUUUGCCAACGAGUAUUAAAUUUGUAGUUAUUUUUAAGUUAUUAUAAAUACUAUUACAAUAAUCGCCUAACUCAAUACAAGACGUUUUAUAACUAAUAGAGUAUUUUAUUAUUUCCGGCCAUAAUUUUGUUAGGUAUAAAUUAUUUAUUUCAAAUGUAAUUAAAAUUGGAAAACAUAACAAGAAAAAAUAAAUUAAAUAAAUUUUGCAAUAAUUAAUAAUUAGAUCAUCACUGAAUAUCAGCUAUAUUUAUACUUUUGUGGUUUUUAAUUUUAUAGUAUGGAUCGAUAUUGAGAAAAUAUAACACUACAACAUAAACUACAUCAUUACCACCGAUACAGCACACCAAAUUAAUUGUUUUUAUAUUUUGUAACAAAUCAGAUUCUUAACAUAUUAAUGAUUUUUAUAAAUAGCAUUAACGGAAAUUUAUUGCUGUUUAAAAUGUUAUAAAUGCUAAUCUUUAGCGUUAAUUUCGCUAAUUUUCACAAAAUCACUUCAACACGUGUUACGCCUCUAAUAAACAUCGUCAGGAACUGUUGUUUUUCCAAACGCUGAAACGAAAGCUGAGCGGAGUUUUCUAAAGAUUUCAUUAACACUUUAAAUAAUCAUAGUUUUUCACUAAGUAUGAGCAAGAAUUCGUUAAAAUGUUUUCUUCUUCUGUCUUGGUUAGUUGUAGAAAACUAUUUGAUUGAAUUUGAUUCAAUAUUUACAAAGAGUAAUAAUAAAAUUCUCAACACAGUUUCUAAAUGAAAUAUUGAUGAUAGCUUAACUAAUUAAUAUUUUAUUCAUUUAAUAUUACAUUUGAUUUAAUUUUUGACUCCACGAGAAAAUACCGAUCUAAAAUAUGUCGUAGAUUUAAUAUAAAAUAAUUAAUAAAAAUCUGAAUCACAUUUAGUUAUAGCGUGGUGGUGUUAGUAUUAAUAAUUUGAUUGUUAUGUAAAUUGUUAUUUGCUGUUCGUUGAUUGGUUAAUCGCCGUGUUUAUUUAUAGAGUACCGCACUAAUGUUGAUACUUUUGACACUGACUUUAACGGGUAUUAUUUUAUAUUCUGUCCUCAUGCUAAUGAUGCGAGAUGUUAUAGUUCCGAAGUUUCACUAUAGAGGGCGGAAUGUAUGACUGGGAUUGUAAUAAACGAUAUUUUAUAUAUAUAUGUAAUAACCAUAAUUACUACUGUAUUAUAUUUAUUUCUGCUAACUUGCUUUUACUAUUGUUUUUUCUUGUGUAUUGUCGCUUCUUUUAAAAAAAACGUGAUUUUUACUUUUGAUGUUUUCAAGACAUUUUGGGAGAAAAUCGUCUCAAAUAACCUUCAAUUUGUCAAAAGUGUUGUAAACGCGUUUUGGUAACAGUAUCUACCGUAUAGCUAUUAACUUGAUUCGCAAUUUCUGUGAUCAUCUGCACCUCAAAUAACUUUAAUUUUAAGACAAUCACUAUUAUAUAUAAUAAUACUAUUAUGAAUGUUAAUAGCUGCGUGUUCUGAUACAUACUAUUAUGUAUGAAGUGUUUAUGACGUCAUUAUAGACGAAAGAAGAUCAAAGAUAAAAGCGCAAGUCUUGGAUUUUUUUUUUUUAUUUCAUUAAUUAUUCCAAUUCAACGUCUAUGAUUAUAAACAAAAGGAAAUAAUAAUUUAAUAGGAUUAAAAGUUUAUCGCGAAGAGAAUACUCAAGGCAUGCUUUUUUGUCUGCGGAUCUUAGCAACUUGGUACUGUUUGUUCGACAAUUACUAAACGCUUGUUAACUAAUAAUAUCCUAUUAUUUAAUAAUUAUAAUAGAUACCUCAAGAGUUUGCCGCUGCGUGAGCGUGUUGUAAAUGAUCUGAUAUAUUGUAAUUUAUUGAGUGAUUAUGAUUAAAUGCAGGUUUUUUUUAAUCUAUCGCCAAAGGUGCAGCGACGAAGUAGUAUUGACGAUGUUGCCUUCUCCCUUGCACGUGUUUACCCGUUUACAAUAUUUACCCUGAUUUCAUUAUAAUAAAGAUAUAUUUGUGGUAUUAAGUUUAUAUGUUAUUUAAAGAAUGCCUGCGGGAAAUAUUACUCGUUAUGGUACAACAUUUUUUUUUUAUAUUUCAAGUCCAAAAGCCAUUGAUGUAUUUCUACUUUUAUCUAUUAUAUAUUUAUUAAUACUACUAAAAUUAAGUGUCUUUAUGUUAUUGCUAAAUGUUGUCUAUCAUCUUUCCAUUAUUUGUAGAAUUUAAGAUAUUUCGAUCUAAAGAUGUCUACGAAUGAUCUAUAUAAUAUUGAUACGUACGUAAUUCUAUAGUAUAUAGUCGUUGUGUUAAUUAUAAAUUAUUAUUUGUGAUGCGGUUUAUCGUGAUUAGGUAAAUAAAGUGAUACCUAGAA